CAAAAACCCCGAUAAGCGAAAAGCUAUAAAACCCUAAUUUCUGUAAUUCUUGAUAGUGGCAGCCGCUGGUAAGUAAAAAACUUCUCUAUCCUCAUUUUGGCUCCUUGCCAAGGCCUCUAAUCAAUCGUAGCAAUGGUUUCCUCCAAGAAGACGAAGAAGACUCAUGAGAGCAUAAACAACAGGUUAGCUCUUGUGAUGAAGAGUGGAAAGUACACUCUUGGUUACAAGACUGUUCUUAAAACCCUCAGGUCUUCAAAGGCCAAAUUGGUGAUCAUUUCAAACAAUUGUCCACCGCUGAGGAAGUCUGAGAUAGAGUAUUAUGCUAUGUUGGCUAAGGUUGGAGUUCACCAUUACAAUGGAAACAAUGUUGAUCUUGGAACUGCCUGCGGGAAAUACUACAGGGUAUGCUGCCUCAGUAUCAUCGACCCAGGUGAUUCAGAUAUCAUCAAAAGCAUGCCUGGCGACCACUAAAAUUGCAGUCUUUUGGUGGAUUUUCUGGUGCCCUUGCAGAACGCAGUUUUGAAAGAAUCUGUUUUCAGUCUUUUGGAUCUGUUUCUUUGUAGAAGUAGAUUUGGUAGUUUGAUCAGUUCAAUGUGUUCGUUACUAAAUGAAUUCGUGCUCUUGUUUGCUUAAAAUUAUUGAUGAAAACCUUACCAUUUUUACGA